AUGUCUUUGGGCGUGGCUAUCCAGUCGGCCGUCUUCUAUGUCAUAGCAUGCACACCUUGCACCGGGGCGCGAGCUAGGAGCAAAGCAAAGGCGCGUGCACGACGGGAAAGGCAGGAGAAGGAUAGACUGGAGGCCGAGAACCCGGGCCUAUACCGUCAUCCCAGUCCAUUCAACACAAGUCCACAUUGGGACGAGGAGAUUGCCAUGGGACCCUCAUUACCGAAGAAGAGUGGGAGCGGCAGAAAUACUUCGAGCCAACGGAGGCUUACGUCUGCUUCUUCAGGCAAAGACACCACAAGGAGUGAUAGCACAAUAGCCAUAUCGCCGUCAAUAAGUACGGUACCGCCGGCUAAACUCGCAAAAUCAGCAACGAUGCCGGCCUCAGCUCCAUCCACAUCAGAACACUCCCCGCCCAAUCCUGGUAGCAGUUCUACCUUUGUCCCUGAUGGCGACACGAGCUUGAGCCGAACGGUAUCCGAAAACUGGAAUUUGAAACGGUAUCAACGCGAAGACGAGGAGCUUUGGGGGUAUGACAUCCCCACAAACCACGCGACCGAUACCUCGCGACCUGCUCAGAAGAUCAUGGACGCCAUUGCCAAGGCGGGUUCAUCGGCAGGUCGAUUAUUAGAUUCUACGUUGCUCCUAGCAGGCAGCGGUGGUGGCAAGGACCGCAACAGCAUCGGCGAGCUGCGCGAGAUCACCAACGAGGAUCGCCGGAACUUUUACUCGCCCUCAACACCAACGACCACAACAUUUUCCAACUACCGUAACCCGCCCGUCAACGACUACCACCCUCCGGUCGUCAGCUCCAGCCCGGCUCACAAGGACGAAAUGAGCUGGCUUCGCCAGCCUCCUCCUGCUGUCAAGAUUAUGGAGGCCAAGGUACCCGUCAGCCGUAGCGCCAGCUUGGCCAGCACAGUCAGCCGGAGAAGCCACUUCCCCGGAUCCUCAGCAAACAACCUUUCCGAGUCAGGUCUCGGAAGGGUUGUGGGCGAACGGCUGGUCGGUGCCAAGCUCCGCAACGGAGAGCAGUUCCCAGCAGGAAGAACUCCCUCAUCUGGAUCAGGCCCGAGAGCAGGUGGAAGGCCCCGUCGGACCACAGUCUCUUCAUCGCGUUCUAAGCAAAGCCAGUUGAGCUUCUCGCACGACUCGUCGUCGGAUGAUGAGUCCUCCGAGAUUGAAGCCCCGCGGACCAGCCGGCGUCAACUGGCGAAACCAUCAAUGGCCCCUGUCGAGGCUGUAGAUGACGCGCAAGACGGACACGCCAGCCAGAGGCCCAAACUGGAGACUAUCGUGAGCUCGGAUCUCUCAAACUCUUCAAAGCAGACCGAUCUUGUGCUGUCUCCGAUGGAGAGCAUCGUCGGCAUUGACCCGAGGAAGGCAGACACCAAGCUGGCGACUGAGACAAAAGACAUGGCCGAGCGCCCCAGCGGUCGAUCAAUCGACAGCGGCAUGGCUCUUUCAGUAUAA